UUCACACGGGGCAGUGUUAAACAGUAUAAGAAGCGAAGAAAUACUCCUGAAUGGGUCAGAUUGAUUCCAGCUUUUCUCUCAUCAUCACUUUGUGGCGUUAGCAAGAGAUGCGAGAAAUACUUUGGAUGAAAUGUGUUGACAGCACACUUUGUCGUCAUCUGCUGCAAUACCUCUGGCUCCUAACAGAAAUAGAGCAUGUCGUGUAAGCAGACCCUCAGAAAUUCUCCUCGGGGCACACCGGACAUCCCUUUGACGACAACCGAUGGCAGGGAGACAUGGAGCAAAAAAGUCGACUUUUUGCUCUCUGUCAUUGGAUUCGCUGUAGAUCUAGCAAAUGUAUGGAGGUUUCCAUAUUUGUGUUACAAAAAUGGAGGAGGGGCAUUCCUGGUUCCUUACUGUAUUAUGUUGGUAAUUGGGGGGAUACCGUUAUUUUAUAUGGAAUUAGCUUUAGGACAAUUUAAUCGAAAAGGAGCUAUUACUUGUUGGGGAAGGUUAUGUCCGUUGUUUAAAGGUAUAGGUUAUGCUGUCGUCUUAAUAGCAUUUUACGUUGAUUUUUACUACAAUGUUAUAAUAGCGUGGGCUUUGCGAUUCUUCUUCGCCUCCUUCACAAAUCUUCUACCAUGGACAACGUGUGAUAAUCCUUGGAACACCCCGAACUGCAGACCAUUUGAGUUUCCAACUAGAAACUAUUCCGACUUUAAUCGGUCCGAGCUUGCAGAAAUCACAGGUCCAUCGGAUUCCCGCUUUGCAUCAGCUGCUUCGGAAUAUUUCAAUCGAGCUAUUCUGGAGCUUCACCAAAGCGAAGGACUCCACGAUUUGGGUGCCAUCAAAUGGGACAUUGCGCUGUGCCUUUUAGCUGUUUACGUCAUUUGUUACUUUUCGCUGUGGAAAGGAAUUUCCACGUCGGGGAAAGUGGUGUGGUUUACGGCUUUAUUUCCUUACGCCGUUCUGUUGAUACUUUUAGUUCGGGGGAUCACUCUGCCUGGGUCCGCGGAAGGGAUUCAGUACUAUUUGAAUCCCAAUUUUAGUGCUAUUGGAUCUGCAGAAGUAUGGGUGGACGCAGCCACUCAAGUAUUUUUUUCAUUGGGUCCUGGUUUUGGAGUUUUGCUAGCGUACGCUUCUUAUAAUAAAUACCACAAUAAUGUUUACAAAGACGCAUUAUUAACGAGUGUUAUAAACUCAGCCACUAGCUUCAUCGCUGGCUUUGUUAUAUUCUCUGUGCUCGGAUACAUGGCGCAUGCUGCUGGCAGACCAAUUCAAGAAGUAGCCACAGAAGGUCCAGGAUUAGUUUUUAUCGUAUAUCCAGCGGCAAUAGCUACGAUGCCCGGCAGUAUAUUUUGGGCGUUGAUAUUUUUUAUGAUGUUGCUCACACUAGGUUUAGACAGUUCGUUUGGCGGUUCAGAAGCCAUAAUAACAGCACUAAGUGACGAGUUCCCGAAAAUUGGACGAAACAGGGAAAUUUUUGUAGCGUGUUUAUUCACCCUUUACUUCCUAGUGGGCUUAGCAUCGUGUUCCCAAGGAGGAUUCUAUUUUUUUCUUCUAUUGGAUAGGUACGCCGCUGGCUAUUCUAUGUUGUUUGCCGUAUUUUUUGAAGCUAUAGCAGUUUCAUGGAUAUAUGGAACUCAACGAUUCUGUGAUGAUAUCCAAGACAUGAUCGGAUUUUCUCCCGGGUAUUAUUGGAGAUUCUGCUGGAAAUUUGCAGCGCCGGUGUUUCUGUUGUUUAUUAUUGUUUACGGGUUGCUAGGAUACGAACCCCUCUCCUACGAGAACUACGUGUAUCCUGGCUGGGCCAACAUCCUGGGUUGGGUAAUUGCUGGAUCUUCAGUAUUCAUGAUUCCUGCGAUUGGCCUGUACAAGUUUAUUGUUACGCCUGGAUCUUGCUUAAAGAGGCUGAAAACACUAACAACACCAUGGCGUGAUACCCAAAGGGCCUCCCAAGUCAACGGAGUGGUACAAUCAGAGAGUCAGCAGGUUCGUUUGUCGACGCCAGAAGUUCCAAACCAGGCGCCGGUUGAGGUGUGAGAUAAAAGAAUUACUAAAUUUAAGGAAUACUACGUUUAGAGUUAUUUUUCUUUGGACAGCAUAAAAGGCUAGGGUGUACAAUUAUUAGUUUGAACGAAGUCUGGGAUUGGUUUGGUUUCUAGUUUUAGAUAUAAUUUAUAACUUAAGAUAGAAAUCAAAUAUAAAACAACAUAUUUUAGUACUAAAUAGUGACAUUUACCGUAAAGGUCUGCACUUACUUAAACUAAUAGCAUUAGGAACGAUUAUUUUCAACAAUUCCUCUAGCACAUUAUAAGCAUUUUUUUAUUAUUUUAGUGUACCUACUACGCUUUCCAUUAAUCAAUAUAUCUCAGUGUCAUGUUAUUACAGAAAUCACAAUAUCAUAAGAGGCAUGGAGAAAGACGGAAUCAACGUUAUUCAUACAACAUGUGAGGAGAUGACCAUACUGGAAAAUGACCAUCUAAUUGGUGCAAAUCCUUGUUUAUUCCAAUCUAUAAAAAAAGAACGUCAACAGAUUGUAGUAAUCACAGAAUAAUAGCUCUAACGUUACAUGUAAGCAAAGUUCUGCUUAAUUUUAUGAAUGGAAGAGUAAUAGUAUUUCUGCUACCCCAAAUGUCAAAAAAGAAUCUGGGGUUGUUCUAGAAAAAAUUAUGAACAAAUCUACAUGUUUGUUAGUUUGUCUAGAAAACACGCGAAUUUAAUGUGGAAACUUACCUAUGCUUCGUAGACUAUUCUAAAGCAAUCUACUGCGUAAAUUGGCAUACAAUAUGGGAAAUAUUCAGAGAAAUGGGCAUCCAGUACCAUUUGAUUUGGCUUCCAAAACAAGUGUAGAGGAACGGGAACAUCAUGAUUACAGUACGAAUAAAUAAUACCUACUCUGAAGUUUUAUUAUUUCGGCAAGGAUGACUGUCAUUUAAUAUACAUAUAUAGUGAGCAGACUAUGCGAACAGUUUUCGAUAACUGGGAUGGAGAGUGAGAGGGUACAAAAUAAAUAUCCUAAGAUAUGCAAAUGACAUUCUAAAAGACAUCGAUAUGAGUAAAGGUACGAAACUUCACCUCGCAUGUGCACUGAUAUUCCCUAUUGCAACAUAUGCCUCUGAAACGUGGACUAUCAGGAAAACUAGCGCAAAGAGAAUGAACGUCUUUAAGAUGUGGAUAGAGAGAAGGAUAUUGCAAAUUCCGUGGACAGCAGACCAUAUAAAUAACUGAGUGAUUCUAAAGCUAAAUAUUAUUACUAUUCCUUACAAAAAUAAACAGAAAUGUUCUGAGGUACUUUGGUCAUAUCUCUAGAAUAAAAGAAGAUAUGGAAAUAUGAAGGCAGAAGAUCAAGAGGCAGAUCUCCUUAACGGCGGUGUGAUCGAAUUAAAAAUUCAGACGUCUUUUUUUACAAAAAAUUUAACAAAGCUCAAAAUAGAGUUGAGUGGUCAAUCACAGUCAAUCAAACCUCAUAACGUAACAUUAUCCUUGCGUGGGAUAAAGGACUAAGGAGUUCCAGAAAAUUUGUUUACGGAACAGAUUAGAUAUAGAAAUAAGGUUUAAGGACAUUUGAAAAAAGUUUGAAUGAAUGUAAGGCUUUUGUUUUUUAUUAAACAUUUCUUUAUAAAUCAUUUUAUUUAACUGUAGUCCAGGUACGUUCUUAUAAGCUUCUAGUUGCGGUAAGUAAAGUCUUUUACGUUAAAUAUAAUAAUAUAUAAUAUUGAAUGUGGUACUAUCGCAUUCUAGUUUUGGAUUAGAUUUUAGUAAAUUUUGUAACUGAGAAUGUAGGUUAGAGUUUAGACGUUAUAUGUAGAUGUUUGUAAUUAUAUAUAAAUAUGUUAAUGAUAGAAAUAUAUAUGACAAAAGCCCCCGUACAUGCAACCAACAGUGAUCAAUAUAUUUGGUAUAGUCUGAUGAUUAGAAAGUUAUCUGUUCCUUCCGUAUUAAUAUUUUUAUUUCUGCGUAAAAUAUUUUUAUUCAUCAUCAUCCAACCAAUUUACGUCCACUGCUGGACAUAUGUCUCCACCAAUUGUUUCCACACUUCACGGUUUUGUGGUGAUUGUUGCUAGUAUUUAAUUAUCCGCCUGAUAUCAUCUGUCCAUCGUGUAUGCGGCCUUCCUCUACUGCGUUUAUCUUCUCUUGGUUUCCAUUGAACUAGCUUCCGUGUCCAUCUUAUCUCUAUCAUCCUGACAACGUGUCCUGCCAGUUCCAUUUGAGCUUGGUGACACGUUCUAUAACAUCUGUAAUACUGGUUCUCAGGACCCCCGUAAGAACUACUGGCACCUGUGUGAAAAAAAGGAUUUUGGCGCCCCUUAAGGCAUUUUGAUAAUGUUUUUUUAUUUAUUUUUUUGAAGGUAGGUAGGUAGGUGCUUGAAAUUAAGCAAAAUAGGAACAAAUAACACCAUUGCAACACCAUAGCAAAUAUUAAUUAAAUAAAGUUUAAGGGGCUUUAUUGAAUCAAUUCUGCUGGACCAUCUUGUCACACAUAGAGGGUUUAAACUUAACCCGAGAACAUUUUUUCUCACAACAUCCCACCUUUUUGUAGAUGGCGAACCCAGAGUAACACGAUUUUCAAAUUUUGUCCAUUUAAGCAUUUAAGGUACGUUUUUUUUACUGCAACGGCUGGCUCGUUAAUCGCUGAAAGAUCGUCGCGUGUUUCGGAGUUUUGUAUUUGAGAGAUUUUUGUGAAGUGAAACUUGUUUUUAUAGGUAUAAUACGUCUCAUUUCAUAAUUUCCUAAUAAAUGGUUGUUUAUCACAAUUUCAAAGUAUCCUUCUUCUUGUCUUCUUUUAAAUAUUGCAUGUUUUUCUAAUCUUGGAGCACUUGACAUUUCUUUCUUCGUCCUCUAUUUCCUUUGCUCGCAUUAUUUUAACAAUAAUUGUUUUCUUUUAAUAAUAAUAUUAAUAUUGUCCGUCUGUCCGUCCGUCCGCAAACCAGGUAGAAUGACAAAUGAGGUGUCGAAUGAAAGCUUAUGAUCCAAGGCUACUAUAGGUGAGAAAAUUUGACCUAGGACUUCCGCUUUUAGAAAUGUAACCAGAAGUACUAUUUUAAAGUCAAUAGUACAAGCGAUAUAUUAUUCGACACGCCAUAGCAAGAUGAGAACAAAUGUAUACCUACUUCUGGUUUCAUGACUGUCUGCCCGUCUGUUGGUCGUCCGUGAAAAUAACUCCUCCGUCAUUAUACUAGGUAGAAUGACAGAUGCGAUAUCGAACGAAAGCUUAUGAUUCAAGGAUGGUACUAAAGGUGAGAAACUUGACCUAGGACUUCCGGUUUUAGAAAAGCGACCGUAAGUAUAAUGUUUUAAAGUCGCCGGAAUAGUAUAAGUGAUAUAUUAUUCGACGCGCCUUAGCAACACGAGAGUAAACUUCCGGUUUUCUGACUAUCUGUCCGUCUGUUCAUCGUCUGUGAAAAUAACUCCUUCGUUAUGGCACUAGGUAUAAUGGCAAAUGAGAUGUCGAAUGAAAGCUUAUAACCCAACGAUGAUGGUAAUAAAAGUGAGAAAUUUCACCUAGGACUACGGGUUUUAGCAAUUCAACCGGAAGUACUGUUUUAAAGUCGUCGGAAUAGUACAAGUGAUAUAUUAUUCGACGCGCCUCAGCAACACGAGAACAAAUAUAUACUUCCGCGCCAGUAAGAACGUACCUUUAGACGGGACUGUAUCGUCGCCCCCGUUAGCGAAAUUAUUCCGAUUCGAUUUUUUUGCACAAACUUAGAAUAAUACUUACUUAUUACUACUUACGCGUGCCGCGGUCGAAAAAUUGUUUAAACAAUUUUUUUAAACAAAUUCACAAAAAAAUUUUUUCAUUUGGAACAAAUUUUUUUAGAUAACUUGGGUCAUUCUGAGUAAAAAUGGUCCCUUGUCAUUUUUCAUUGAUUGUUGUCGAGUUAUACGCGAUUUAAAAUUUAAAAAAUGCGAAAAUGGCCAUAUAACUUGACAACAAUCAAUUUUCAAGAAAAAUCAUAAGAGACCUUUUUUGCCUAUAAUGACCCAAGUUAUCUAAAAAAAAUUGUUCGAAGUGAAAAAAUUAUUUUUGUGAAUUUGUUUAAAAAAAUUAAAGAAUUUUUCGACCAAGGUACCGCCUGGAACCCUACGGAUUUGUUAUAAAGACCUCUUUUUGAGUAAGUUUUUGCAAUAAAAUCUAAUCGAAAUAAUUUCGCUAACGUGGGCAACGAUAGAGCCUGGACUAUAGCGCUAAUUGUUAAUAAUUAAAAACAACAGCUUUGUAAUAAAAUAAUGACAAAAAUUUCUUAGGGAUCUUGAAGAAGGGGUUUUAAACUUUGAUUUCGUCACUUUUUGACUUUUAUAAUAGUAAUUUUUAAUCAAGUUAAUAAGCCUUAAAAAUGGUCAUUUUCGCAUUUUUAAAUUUUAAAUCGCGUAUAACUCGACAACAAUUAAUUUUAACGAAAAAUGAAAAGAAAACUUUUUUUAUUCAUAAUGGCCCAAGUGAUCUAAAAAAAUUUGUUCUAAAUAAAAAAAUUAUUUUUGUGAAUUGGUUUUAACAAUUUUUCGGCCACGGCACCGCCUGGCACCCUGUGGAUUUGUUAUAAGGGCCUCAUUUUGAGUCAGUUUUUCCAAAAAAAUAGAAUCAGAAUAAUUUCGCUAACGGGGGCGACGAUACAGCCCUGUCUAAUUAGUUAUUUGAUGUGUAUGCGAUUUUCAAAUCUUGUCGAUUCAUCAUUUGAGCGUCCCACAAUCGAUGGCUUAUCGAUGAGAUAGAAUUACCGCCCACACACUACUACUUACAUGUUUAGAAUUUUUUCACGAAAUCAGGGCAUAGUUAGGUAUUUCUUAUCUACAGUUUUAUCUACGGAAUGGGUGUAUUUUAUUUUUAUAGAGGUAUUUUUUUAUUUUAUGUCUAUAGAAAGUAAUAAUGUCAUCCAAACAAAGUAAAACUGAACUUUUUAAUUACUCAACUUUUAUUUUAAAAUUAAUUUUUGCGUUUUUAUUUUCUUUUGUAAAUAUUUUCGCAAUUUUUGACCCUUGGUUUUGGCGCCCCUAAAGGAUGGCGCCCGUGUGCAUUGCACACUUUGCACAUAUGGUAGCGGGGGCCCUGCUUGUUCUUAAAAUAUUUUUAUUAUUCAAUCCAAAAUAUGUUCGAAAAUAUUAAAAUGCUGGGGGGAAUGUUAAAUGUUGAACAUGAAACACAAGUUCCCAACAUCCCGAAGAUGUUGUACUCUACGCCUACGAUACAUAGACAAAAAAUUAAUUGAUGUGCAAAAGGUACAUAUCAACAAGAAGAUAAGGAAACAAAAAAGUGGAGCAGAGUGUACCAAUGAAAGGGAGAUAAUAAUUACAAAUUAAUUGAAUACACGAGCACGACGAAAAUUGCCUUUAAUAAAAUCAUUGAUAAAUAACAUAUUAAAGAAAUCUAUCAAUGCGUGGUUAGGAAAUUGACUGUGAAAGCUGCCGUCUAUUAAUUUAAUCAUAUAGGAUUUUGAUUCUUUUUUAACAGCUAGAUACAUCAUUCCAUUUUUGAUGGCUACAGUCCCAAUGGAAUUCUUGUUCCACCUUGUCACUGAUACCUAUGUCUUCAAGUCCAAAGAAUACUUUGUGAAGGCCCUCGCCCCGUUUUUUUUUUCAGUAUUUUACUACUUUCUAUAGGAAAUUGUGAUAAACGAUUCUCCAUUACGGUGAUGGUGCAAAAAAUUUCACUGUAUGAAUAUUCACCAUUAACAAAAAUAAUUACUUUUUAAAAAAUCUAAUAGAUAUAUAUGAACAUAUCAACAUAAUAUCAAAAUUUUUAGUUCACUUCUAAUUAUUUGGUGGAAUAAGAAUAUAAAUAUCAACGAAGUAACAAAUACGACUAUUAUCAGACAGUAACCAUUAAAAUGAAUUAUUGGUACUAUUUAUAUUUAUAGUAAACAUUUGUAAAAAUUAAGAAAUGAGCUGUCUAAAUUGAUAGACUUAUUGAUUUAGACUCUUAGGUAAUAUACCUGAAAAACGCAACUAAAAUAAACUGAAAUACCUUCAGGUAUAUUGCUUAAAGAGUAGGUAUUCUUAAACAAUUGUUAGCAGCCUUUAGUGGAGUAGCAAAAAUACAUCAUAUAAAUGCAUAUUAAGGAAUCAAUGAACAAUAGUCUCAAAGUUAAUUUUUUUAAAUUAUUUUAAAUUUUCUAAAUCUCAUACUCAUAUCACUUAAGUGCCUGGUUGUUAACCUGCCGUCUAUUUCUUCUAUGGGUUUUAUGUUUUCCAUUUACUCGGCUCUUAUAUUUAUUUAACAGAGAACACUGUUAUAUCAACGCUAUUAUUAUCUGUCAUUUUAUAAACUCUUCGUCAAUUAAUUCUUUAUUAUUCCUAAUCUGCAUGUAUUUUCAUAUACUCUCUUUCACCAUAUUUUAUCUAUAAUGUAUUACCUUAGGCAACAAAUACCUUGGUCAACAAAGUAGAAUAAACUUUGGACAUACAAAGAAACUUUGCAAAAGGUACCAAGAGCUUUAUGUAGAUAGAGUAUUAUGAAAUGAUCAUCACAUUCUCUUUGUCUUACCCCCUAAUUACAUCUCUACAUAAGUUAGGUCAUAACUAACAAUAGCAAUCUUCUUCUCAAACAUGUUCUGCUUAAGAAUAUGUCUCGCCGGUCUUCUUUGGUCUUCCUUUUCAUCUUCCAGGCAUUUGUAACUUAGCAAUUCUUCAUAUAGGUUGAUUUGCGCCUCGACGAUGAAUAUGUCCGAAUCAUCUUAAAUUAUGCUGUUUCAUUUUGACACCAAUGGAUAUAUUCACAUAAAUGUACUCAUUUUUCAUUUUUUUUUUGUCAUUCUACUCAUCCACUUAAUCAUUUCCGCCACAUACAUUCUUUGUUUCUCUUUCUUUUUAGCUCUCCAACAUUCAGGUCGGUUCAUCAUAGUUGUAUGGUAUUUUCCUUUGGGAUGCACUGGAAUUUUUCUGUCAAACAAUAAACCACUUACUUCCUUCCACUUGGUCCAUUCCGCUAUACUCUGCAACUCUUGCUACUGCAUGUAUCAAUAAUAUGUAUAGAUAAUCAAAAAUAUUACUUUUCACGAUAGUUUUCGCAGUCAUCACAAAGGAAGGAAAAAAAAUCACCAUCCAAAGUUAUCAUUUUAUUUUAAUGGUACCUCAACAUUUAAAUUCCAAAUAAUCUUAUCUGGAUUCUAGUGAAAAUACCUAUUGUUUAUAACUGAUCAAACUGAAAAAAUGAUCAAACUAACUGAUUCCAAUAUGAAAUAUUUUAGAUUUAUCCACCAUAUAUUGGAGAAAAAAAAAACAUAAAAGCUAUACAGCCAACGUCUAAUAUUUAAAAAAUAUUAGAUGAUAGCCGAUAUGUUUUUAUUAUUGGGGCUGCUACUUUUCAAUUGAUCUAUUUUUUAAAUUCCAUUUUUUAUUGAUCAUUUAGCCUCCCAAGGUGAAACUAUUGGUAGGGCCAAGUAGUUUGUCUUGCGGAUUACUUUUUGUAAUAUAUUAAAAAAAAAAAGAAGUGAAUUUAGAUAUUCUUUAUAGGUCCACAAUUUUGUAUUUUAGUCAAAUUAAAUAUAUUAUUAUGAUUAUUAUAUUUUACUCUACAAAUUUUUGUUUUGCGAGUCUUAGCCUGGGUCAUGAUCUAUCAGUUCAAGGAAAUACUAUGUUUAGGACUUUGAAUACUACAUUGAAGACCAUAUCCUAGUAUUAUGUAAAAUAAGAAUCAUCAUGAAAUAAAUACAUCACACCCAAGAAAGAGGCACCAUUACAACCAAAAUCAGAUACGAAGGACUAAACACGGAAUUACAUAGACAGAAUCAGAAUAUCAGAGAAAAUUGCUGAGCAAAAAAUAUUAGAAAACAUUAAUAUUUACCAGCAAGAAAGCAGGGAAGAGAAAGCUGGUUUAGAAAGGAAGUGAAGACAAAAUGUAAAGAAAAUGAGAAAGCUUUUUUACGAUACAGGACACAACAAACACAAGUAAACGACCACUAUGUAUAGACGAAUCGGAAAUAAAACGAAUACAGACAAAUAAAAAGGGAACAUUGGGAGAGCUUCUCAAAGCAGAUAGCAGAUGGAAUACGACUUCUACGGUACACAAAUAGAAAUAUGGAGAAUGAUCCGAGGACAAGGAAAAGAGACAAAUGAACUCAUAAAAACGAGACACGUUCAGGUCACAUAGACAGACAGGAUAAAGGAAGCAUUAAGGAAAUUAAAAUGUAGAAAAUCGCCAUAAGAUGAUAGAAUACCGAAAGAACUAUUAAAGUACAUGAUCUGAGUAAACAACUAAUAAAACUACUCCAAAAACUGAAUCCACUUAUUUUACUAAAGAGAGAUACGUCUCCACUAAAGACACCAGGUAGCGAUGGUAUACCCGCAGAGUGCUUAAAACAUGGAGGAGAAGCGUUGUACAGUUCUAUAUACCUACAAGCUAAUUCAAGACAUUUGGCGAGAAGAAACAAUGUCAGAUGAAUGGAAAGAAGGAGUUGUUGUACCAAUACACAUAAAAGAAAACAAAAAGCAAUGUAUUAACUAACGGGAAACAACACUCCUAAACACCACCUAUAAAAUCCCUGCAAACAUCCUGCUAAAAAGAACCAAAAAAUACACAGAAGAAAUCUUCUUCUUCUUCUUCUUCUUCUUCUUCCUCUUUAUAAGCAAUUCUGCUUGUUCAUUGGCGGAUUGAUACCUCUAUGGAAGGUUGUCGCUCCAUCUUUUGCGCGGUCGGCCGAUACUUCUUCUGCCGAUUGGUGAUUUAUCUCGUGCUAUUUUGACCACACGUGUCUCCCCCAUUCUGGUUAUAUGGUUGUUCCAUUCUUUUUUUCUAUUUAGUGUCCAUUCGUUUAUACACUGUACGUUACAUUGUCUUCUAAUAUCUUCGUUCCUCUUUCGAUCUCUCAGUGUAUUUCCUGUAAUUCUUCUCAGUACUCUCAUCUCUGCCGUUUCCAGUAGUCUUUGUGUUGUGGCUGACAGAAGAAAUCGUUGAAGAUUAUCAAUGAGGAUUUAGACCGGGCCGCUCUACUAUUGACCAGAUAUUCACAAUAAAACAGAUAAUGGAAAAAUGCUGGGAAUUUGAUCGUGAGCUUCAUCAGAUGUUCGUAGAUUUUAAACAAGCAUUUGAUAGAGUAUGAAGGGAUAGACUGUGGACAGCGAUGCAAGAACUUGGCUUUUCAAAAAAACUAGUCAGGUUGAUACGGAUGUGUAUGGAACAGUUACGAUGUAAGGUGAGAGUUGGACGACAAUACUCGUGAGACAUUUGAAAUAGACAAUGGACUAAAACAGGGAGAUGCACUUUCACCACAACUCUUCAAUUUAGCUCUGGAGCACAUAAUCAGAAAUGCAAAAAUAGAAAAACCCAAUACAGUAUUUCAUCGAGAAGUACCAAACUUACUACUGGCAUUUGCAGACGAUAUCGAUCUAAUAGGUAACACACGAUUAAGGAUGAAGGAGACUUUCGUGAGGUUCGAGAAGGAAGCAGAGAAGAUGGGGCUCCAAAUCAACGAAAACAAGACGAAAUAUAUGUAUAUGAGCCGCAAUAACUAAAGCACAGACAGAAUUGGUCAGAAUAUCACCAUCGAUGACUUUAACUUUGAGCGCGUUAGAGAAUUCAAGUAUCUUGGAACAACAAUAACUGAAGACAAUAACGGAUCACAAGAAAUAAACAACAGGAUACAGACCGGCAACAGAUGUCUUUUUGCACUCCAAAACCUUAUAAAAUCAAAACAAUUAACAAGACGUACGAAGAUACAAGUAUAUAAAACAAUCAUACGACCCGUUAUGAUGUAUGGAAGCGAAACGUGGACGAUAACAAAGGCAGACUAAGAGAGACUACGUGUUUGGGAAAGAAGAAUCCUAAGGAAGAUCUUUGGUCCUGUGCUGGAUGAAGCAUCAGGACAAUACAGGAUAAGAACUAACAAAGAGCUCGAAGAACUUUACCCAGACUCCAACAUCAUAAAAGAAAUAAAGUCCAGAAGACUCCAAUGGGCGGGACACCUCAGAAGACAUUCUGACCAAAGAACAGUAAGACUGGUGUGGGAGGAAGUCCCAACUGGAAGGAGACCACGCGGACGCCCUCGACUCCGGUGGCGAGAUAAUAUAGCAGGAGACCUAAGCGCGAUGGGCGUGGAGAAUUGGAUGGAGGUUGCUCAAGACAGAAAACAGUGGAGGCAUGUUGUCGAGUCGGCUAAACCCCACGAAGGGUUGUAAAGCCACGGAGUAAGUAAGGAGUAAGUAAGAUACGUCUCGGAAUAAUCCGAACCAUCAAAAAUAUUUAUCAGAACCACACAAUAGACGUAAAAGUAGAAGAAUAACUAACUUACCGAAUAUGGGAUAAGGUAGGGUGAUUUUCUGAACCCUUUAUUGUUCAAACUGAUUAUGGAUUAAAAGGAUCCCAAAUGGUAGAAAAACAAAUUAAAAUGAUUUGUUAAUUUCCUCCAAAAAAGACAAAAUGCAUGGAUAUAACAGCAAAUCCACUAAGAUUUAAAUUCGAGUUGGAGAAUCAGAUAGUAGAACAAGUGAUCGAGUUUAAACAUCAUCUAGACAUCACACUGUCUAGCUGUGAUUGGUAGAUGGGUAGAAAGUGGAGUCUUUUAAAGUGUUACAUGUUUCUUCUUGAUGUUGUUCGUACUGUUUGGACGUAUCCCUAUCGAACUUAAGUUCGAUCGAAUGUUCCCUGAGGAAUUCCACUCCUAGUAUUGCAUCUUCCGUUAACCCUGGCAUUACUAUAAAUGUUUGUCUUGUUUGUAAAUUAUCGAUUUCGCAGUCAAUUGUCAACUUCUGGUUAAGCUCCUUUGAAGAUCCGUUUGCUAGUAUAGUCUUCCGUUAUAGCUAUGUAGAGAGUGUUUGAAUAUCUGCGCUAUUCUAUCUCCGGCGUAAUUUUUAAUGGUCCCUGUGUCAAUUAAUGCUUUGUAGGAUCUUUGUCCGAUUUUAAGUGAUGCGAACAGUCGCAUGUCGUUGCUUGCUUGUUGUGUAACGGCGAGAACGAAUGGAGUCGAAUCUUGCUCCUCAGACUGGGACCAAUCCUUGUUUCUCCAGUCUGUUAUUCGUUUCCCUGAGGUCUGGAACAGCAGUCACUGCUGUAGACCCCUUCUUUGCCGCAUCGCGAACAAAACUUUUUCCAUGAGUUUUUACAAUUCUUACGGAAGUGACCUGGCAUCUUGCAUCUAAAGCAUGUUCUUUUGGUAUCGUAUUGUGCAGGGUUUGUACGUCUCCAAUUUCCGCAAAAAUUUUGAUUUUCUCGGAUCCUUUCGUCUUCUAAAGUUUCGUAUUCUUGGGCUAAAUCUUGUAAUUCCGAUAAAUUUUUGAAAUCCCGGCGGCGAGCAUGAAGCUUAUAUUCUGGCAGCAUAUUUUUAUAUAUCCUUUCGAGUUCUUGGUUUCUUGAAAAAGAUCCUUCUCGUCUGAUUAAUGUUUGAAUAUCCGUGAUAUAUCUAUCCACUGGUUCGUUUUUCCUUUGCUUUCUGUUUCUGAUUUGCUCCUCUAGUUGUAGCGAAUACUCUCUGGGAUCGAAAACUUUCUUAAAAUAUUUGCUGAAGUCCGUCCAUGAAUCCCAAUUUCUGUUGUUGUUUCGGUACCAUAACAAUGCAUGGUUUUUUAACAAUUCUGGUAAUGCUUUUAGCAGAUCUUGCUUAUCGACCUCGUAGGCUAGGCUUAACUCGUCUAUUCUCUCUAUGAAGUCUACCGCAUCCGAAUGUUUCUUGUCGAAGUGUGUGUUUCACCUUCGUACUUGAUUUAGCAAAUCUGAUUAUUGAAAUUUCCUGGGUCAGUGUGUCUGGUUCGGCUUCCUUGGAAGUAUUGAUUUUUGGGAUUGUUCCUGUCGCUUCCCCGCGAUCUUUGUAAAAGGUUCUGUGUCUUAACCUUAACUCGUCGACGGUUCCUUUGGAAUCUAAUCCGCAUCUUUCGGCGUCGCGCUGUAAUUCCUCUUUGGAAAGACGGUUUAUCCAUGACGUACCUGUCGUGGCACCUGUUACUGAGUCUGUAUCUUUAUCUGUCGGCAUUUUUGGUAUUGUCCGGGCGUCGAGUAACGACAUUUACCUGCGUAUAUUCUAGUUUUUUUUUGCUCGGGCGCCAAUUUUGUGAUGGGUAGUUCUUCUAAGACGACAGAUUCAGUAAAACACACGUUAAACCAAAAUAAAUAUAUUCAGUCUAAUCGUUUACAAAAUAAAUAAAAAUAAUAUAUCUCAUUCUCAUUCGUCGCAGCGAAGUCCUUUUCCGGAUAGACGUCUGGAAAAGAAGAACAAAAUUAACAAUGUAAUUCAAAUAUAUACAUUUAUCGGGGGCUCGCUCACUACGCUUGCCUCCGUUUAUUUAUGAGCCGCAAAUUACUUCACUACGGUACACCUUGCGGCUCGAGUUGGCUUGCCUAAGCUUGCGAAUCACGUCAAUACGGUGAACCUCGCUACUCAGGUCGGCCUGCCUAGCUCACCUCGCUUGGCUGGUUGUGAAGCCCAGAACUCUCGUUUCAGGACUGACGGAUCUAUGCUUGUGGCCUCCUUAAAUAUCCCUCUACCGGUGUUGUUUCGGAGAGGUGGGACUGAGUGGGAGAAUCUGCGCGAUUUGAGAGAAUCGCACGAUUCCAAGUGUCAAUGCGGGUUCGGUUUAUCAGCGUAUUAUUACGUAGCUACACUCGAAACAGAAGAGGACGAUUAAUUGAAUGUGGCAAAAAGAACCGCAGGAUGCUUGAAUAAAACAAUAUUGAGAGAUAAAAAUGACGGGAAUGGAAUGAAAGGCAGAAUUUAUAAAACAUCAGAGCAAUAAUGACAUACGCGGCAUAAACACGACUUGACACAGAGAGAACAAAAAGAAUACAAGAAACAGCAGAGACGAAAACCCUUAAAAAUCGAUUGUAAGACACUAUGAGGCAUAGCUACAAGUACAGAUAUACGACGAACAUGCAAAAACAUGACUUGGUACGAAAUAGAAAAGACGGCGAGAGGCGGUUCUCCAAUAGGAAGACGAUCAGUGGAAAGACCACAAAAACGAUGGAAUGACAACUUACUAGAACCAUAUGUAUCUGUGACUCCGUAUUUCUUAUUGUUUCAAGUUUUUCUGAAUUAAAUUUAACCUUGAUCUUCUUCCACUUUAUUAAUAAUUUUUUCUUUUACAAAAUUGUGUGACUUUAAAAGGAUUUAGAAAUAAUAGACUCACUUCUACCUCAAACAAAUUUGUUACUAACCAAAUACCUCAUUUGGUUCAUCUAACCAUAGAUACUGAAAUCGAAGAAAACAGCGAAAUGUAGAUACAUGUUAGACAAAUGUAUUAGUUAGCAAUAUUAGGUACUCAGAAGACAAUUUAGAUUAAGAUAAAUAUGUACAGUACUAUUUUAGCAUUAAAAGAUAGUAUCUUUUUAUUUAUUUUGUAAAAUUUUGUACUCAAUGUGGGCAUGACUCUGGCUUUAACAAUAUAAUUACGGUAUCUAAAGAAAACGGUCAAACAGCCAUUUGACUGUUUUCAAAAAAAGUAAAAUAGUCCCAUAAAUAAGUAUCUGUUCAUAAUGACGAACAAAAUAGUUUUAUACGUAUUUAAUACAGAUAAUGUAAUUUUACAUGUAUUUAUGUAAAUUUAUCUAAAAAUAAAUGUACAAAAAAACCGUACUCGCCUUUGCCGAUGACGUAGAUGCAGUAACACAUUCGACAUUGGAAGUUAAGGAUAUUUUCUCAAGCUUUGAAGAAGCUGUAUUAUUAAUUGGUCUAAAAAUAAAUGAAGACAAAACAAAAUACAUGGUCGUCCCAAAACAAAAACGACGGCGAAUAAGGCAAAAUAUUAAUGUAAACGAUCAUAACUUGUAAGUGGUUAAAUAAUUUAAAUAUCUAGGAUCAACAAUCACUAAUGACAACAAUAUCGAUCAAUAAGUUGAAAUGCGAAUGAUAGGAGAAAACAGAUCUUUCUUUGUAAUGCAAACGCGACAAAGACUCAUGAAGAGAUGAUGAUGAAUUUUACGUGUAAGUAAAUAUAUCCUUAUUUUAACAUGUGUUGUUUAAAUAUUACACAAAUUUUUGUGUAUUUUAAACAUCGUUGUUAAUACAUAUAACAUUUUAAAAGUUCUAUUAAGCAAAGGGGUUAUACGAUAAGUUUCCUUGCAUAUCAUAAAAACUAUUAAAAAUUAUCUGAAAAUCUUCUUUCAAUAAUUUGUAGUUUGUUCUCUUUGGGAGUAUAUUUGUUUUAACAUGUUUUUUAAAGAGAGACCAAUAAAAUUCUUUAAUUAAAUAUGUAUAAAACUAUUAUACAAAUAAUAAAUAAUUGCUAAAUGUAUGAUAUUUUUAGAACUACUUACAUAAGUGGAAUAUUAGGGAGUUUUAAAUUUUAAUGUUUAUUUUGUGAAUGUUAAAUGAUAUAUUUUAAAUUGAUGUACCUAUAUCUUAAUUUUAAAAAGUUGUUGGUAACAGCCAUUGCGAACAGCUUUUGAGCGUUUUGUAAUAUAUUUAUUUUUGUUACUGAAAA